CUAUCGUCCGGCGUCCGUUCCUCUCUCCCUCUCUCUCUCUCUCUCUCUCACUGUCCCGCCUGUUGCUCCUCCCGCCAUAGCCUUCUUUCUUUCCGCUGUCCUGUCUCACACUCUCCUGGUCCUUUCUCUUCUCCUCUCAUUCUCGGCGAUCUCCGAUCGUCUGCAACUGCAGCUUCUUCCGCUUCUGCUUUGCUGCUGUGUCAUUGCCCGGAUGAAUUGAAACAGAUGCAGUUCUCAUAAUUGGCUUCGAGCAAUCAGUUGCUUGUUUUUGGAGCUGGAAUGGCCGUACCGGACAGCGCGCUGCAUCUCGAACGAUCAAGGACUUCCUCAGUAGUUAAUGGUAGUGAUAAUGAAAGGAGAUCAGGGUCGGCAACGACUGGAAAUGCUAAUGGCUGUUAUCACGUUGUUACACCCAAAUUCAAGCGGCGGCAAGUCUCGGCAGUGCGCGAUUUUCCUCCGGGGUGUGGGCGCCUUGCUGCACGACUUACUUCAGAACCAUCAGGGAGUGGCAAUGAUGUUGGUAUCAUCAGGACAGAGGAAGAUGCGGCGAAGACCCUUGAUGCUUUGACUGGUCGAUGCGUUGGCCUUAAAAGUGAAAACGAGUGUCAACCUACAGGAUUGUCACCUACAGGAGCCUCGCAAUCUUUAGAAUCUACACCAGAGAGUGGGCAAACUGUUUCUGUGGAAGAUAAGAUCGAAAAACCGGGGGUUGUAGCGAGGGAAGAGCGGGUGGUCUCCAUGGCAAAAGAAUUAGACAGCAAAGGACCUGUUAAACCUGAAAAGGCCUCAAAACCUAAAGUUAAUGGUGUGUUGUUGGAAAUGCCGAGGAUUGAUUGUUCUGAUGCGAAGAAGGAUGUGAUUCAAUCAGAUGAUUCUGUUGCUUGUUCUGCUAGCAAUUUUCUCAAGAAAACUAAAACUCAUAGAUAUCCUCCGCGAAGAAGAGUUUCGGCAGUUAGAGACUUCCCUCCACUUUGUGGAAGAAACGCUCCAGUCCUAGGGAAGGAAGAGUACGCAAGGAAGACUGAGGCUUCUUCCCUGAAGGGCAAGGACUACGGAGAAGAAAAGCCUUUAGAGAAUGGAGAAGUGAAAAGUAAUUGGGAGACUGAUGCCAAGAAGAAAAAAGAAAUUUUCCAAAAUCGAGAUUCUCGUACAGGUGAAGUUGGGACUGAAUCGGGUGUAGAUGGUGAUGAAAUUCAAGUUGAACCUGGACCACUUGCCAUGGUAUCAUGGAGAAAGGACGAUGAGCUAGAAGGGAGUCCAGGUGUGGGGAUGGCAGAGAAAGAUGCUGAACGUACUUAUGUCGGAUCUUCACAGGAAAACAAUGAAAAUCAGGUCUCUCUGACUGAGGAAAUCACAGAGAAUAGAACCGGUGACUAUGUAGAUUUGGAGAAACCUACGGGAAAAGAAAUUGUCAUUUAUACAGAUGUGAAGGAUGCUAAGAGGAAGCGUUCUGAUGUAUUAAGAGCUGAAGAAAGAUCUCUGGAAGAAAAUGACGAGUCAGAAUCUGAAAGGGCUAUUGUACUAGGUGUCAUGGCUUUGCCGAAUUCUCCAUGGAAGAAGUGGAACAGGGGCAAUGAAUUAUCUCUUAAAGAUGGUUUUACUGUAAGCAAAGGAAAGAAGCAAAGAACAAAACCGAAAUCUGCUUCCUGGAAAAAGAAGAGUGAAGGUGAAGAAUCUUCUCAGUGCAAUAGCAAGAAGGGGCUGACCUUUCAUGAAGAACCCUCCAAUGUUGGCAUGGAUCAAUUGGUUGUUUGGGAACCUGAGGAUUCAUCUGACAGUGAAGAGCAAACUGACGACUUCUAUGUGUCAGUGAGACCUCGACCAUUGUCGGUAUACCCCCCUCCCUUUGGUCAUGCUUCUUCAGGUGGUGAAGUUGAUAAUAAGACAGAAACUGUUACUCGGAACAAAGUAAGGGAGACCUUACGUCUGUUCCAGGCUGUCUGUAGGAAGCUCUUGCAGGAAGAGGAAACGAAAUCAAAGCAGGAAAAUAGGCGCAAAAGGGUUGACCUUCAAGCUGCAAAGAUCUUGAAGGACAAGGGAAGAUAUAUCAGUAGUGGGAAACCGAUCAUGGGUGUUGUCCCAGGUGUUGAAGUUGGCGAUGAGUUUCAGUACAGAGUAGAGCUCAAUAUAAUUGGACUUCAUCGUGCGAUUCAAGCUGGGAUUGAUUACUUGAAAUGCGAUGAUGAUAGGAUCCUUGCAACGAGUAUUGUCUCAUCCGGAGCAUAUGAGGAUGUUCUGGAACACUCAGAUUUUCUAAUAUACACAGGUCAGGGAGGGAAUGUUGUCGAUAAGAACAAGGAGCCAGAAGAUCAAAAACUCGAAAAAGGAAACCUCGCUCUAAGCAAUAGCAUGUUGGCAAAGAAUCCUGUUAGGGUGAUACGCGGUUUAAAAGAAACGAGGGCUUCUGAUUUGUCUGAUUCAAAGCAUAAAACAUCCGUUUUGUAUACUUACGAUGGCUUAUACUUGGUGGAAAAGUGUUGGCAGGAAGUGGGACAGCAUGGUAAGCUGGUCUACAAGUUCCGUUUGAACCGUAUUCGUGGUCAGCCCGAGCUUGCCUGGAAAAUGGUUAAGAAAUCAAAGAGGUAUGAGGACCGCGAAGGUCUGUGUGUGAGAGAUAUCUCACAGGGGAAAGAGAUAAGGCCAAUUGGAGCUGUGAACACAAUUGACGAUGAGAAGCCCCAGCAGUUCAUGUAUGUGACCCGGGUUAUUUAUCCUGAUUGGUGCCGCCGCCUCCCUCCAAGGGGAUGUGAUUGCUCCGAUGGGUGCUCGGAUUCUGAGAAAUGUUCUUGUGCUGUCAAGAACGGGGGAGAAAUUCCAUACAACUACAAUGGAGCUAUAGUGGAGGCAAAGCCCUUGGUCUACGAGUGUGGUCCCUCUUGCAAGUGCCCGCCUUCUUGCCACAAUAGAGUCAGCCAACGGGGUAUCAGGCUCCCACUAGAAAUCUUCAAGACCGAAUUGAGAGGAUGGGGAGUGAGAUCCCUAACUUCCAUUUCCUCGGGGAGCUUCAUAUGUGAAUAUGUUGGAGAACUCCUCGAUGACAAGCAAGCGGAGGAACGGGCUGGAAAUGAUGAGUAUCUGUUUGAUAUUGGGAAUAACUAUAACGACAACAUGUACGAGGAGCUCUCAAGUCUUAUUCCUGAUGCCCAUUCGGUCUCCCCUGAGGUUGUUGAGGAGGUUGGCUUUGUCAUCGACGCAGCAAGGUACGGGAAUGUGGGGAGGUUUAUCAACCACAGCUGUACGCCCAACCUCUAUGCCCAGAACGUGCUCUACGAUCAGGACGAUAAGAGGAUCCCUCACAUAAUGUUCUUUGCGGCUGAGAACAUUCCUCCCCUCCAGGAGCUUACGUACCACUAUAACUACUUGGUAGACCAAGUUCUUGACUCCGAUGGCAACAUUAAGAUGAAGAGUUGUUUUUGUGGGUCUGCAGAGUGCGUCGGUCGGAUGUAUUGAGAGAAGAUGAGGGAAGUAUUUGGGGUUACUCUGGCAACUGGGAACUCGUGCUUCAUAGGAUCCCUGCUGUACAUUUUAGUGUAGAUGGGGAGCAGUGAUUCGGUCCACACCAGUUGAAGACUCAACCUGUAAUAGGCUUUUCAGUGAGUCCGACCUGGUCAAGCGGCAAGUGUCAUACACUGGACUUCAUUUCUCAGAGAAAGCUAAUAUGAUUACCUGGGUAUAUCGUCAAAUGGAUGGUCUGGUUUCUUUAGCAUUAAUAUUAGAGAGUACAACGACUGUGUUAUUAUUUUGGGAUGUAAUGAAACCUAAUGGCACAAGGCACUUGGUAAGUAUCCAAGCAUAUGCUGCUGUCAAGGAUUUCCGAUGAGUUUUGUUUAGUCUAGCUGGAUUUGGGUGUCGUAGGUGGCCCCGGCCUUCCAGUUGCUCGGGAUGCCAUUUUUGGGCUGGACCCAGUUCACUCCAUUAGUUCCGCUAACUUGGAAUCUGAUGUAGAUGUCACCCCUUGGUGGGUUCUCCAAGUCGAACACGACUCCGUACGCUCUCCUCAUCGGCCUCCACUGCUGGCAAUCCUCCUGCUUCACAAGUUGACAACGUUAUAUAAAAGAUUGUAACUGCACGCGGUCUCUGCAUUCUGGAGAAGUUGUGGUUUGUGAAUGUACCUGCCAGAAUUCCACGUCGGUGAUGUCAUUUCGGCCAGCAACAUGGAGGAUGACAAUGGCCAGGUAGCUGGGCUGCUUGCUGCGCUCAUGAACCUUGAGCAUGAGGUUGUAACCCCAGUACCGGCAGGGGAUCCUCCUGAACUCAACAUCGACCACCCC